CAGCCUUCCAACAUUGAACAUCCUUUUUUGGGAAGAAAUAGAACAGACCCCACAGAACUUUUGAAUUGAUUCUGCACUCCAUAUUCUUAUCUUAUAUUUGACAUUUUACUGGGGCAGUUAGUGAGGCCUUGGUACACUCACAUGCUCUAGUAAUUUGGUCCAUUUCACCGUACUUCACACUGCAAGCAUGUUUUUCUGUUGUCUGCUUGCAUUACAUAGCACUGCAUUGAGGACGUGUCGGGUGAGGCGUGGUCACGUGUUUGACGGAGCAGAUUCACACUCUUUUUCCUUCUGUGGAAACUUACUUCUCUUCCAACAUGAAGGUGAACACAACGACUAUAUUUGCUGUGUAUGAGUUCUGAAUUGGGUCUGGGAUAUUAUGACGUUAGAUGAAUGCACAUAGCAGAAGAAUACUCGAGGAUAAUUUUGAAUUGGGUAUGAGAUAUGGUGAGAUGAAUGCACGUAGCAGAAGAACACCCAAACGACAGUUUCUGGACUGGGUAUGGGGUAUUGUAGCUUGAGAUGAAUGCUUGUGGCAGAAGAAGAACACCCAACAAGAGUUUCAUAACCAGGUAUGGGAUAUUAUCGUGUGAGAUGAAUGCAUAUAGUAGCAGAAGAACGCCCGAAUGGAAUUUCUUUUGUUGUUGAUUGGGAGGAUUUGUUUUUCAUGCCCUGUUGGUUCCCCAUUGAGCUGAAUGAUGAAGUUCACCAUUGACCAAGCAAUGAUGUUUUAUUUGCUGAGGAGGGAUUUUCAUAAAGUGCUCAAGCGAAAAGACAGCGAUGUUGGAGAACGUGGGAAGCUGCUGGAAGACUGGAGGGCAUCUUUGUUCAAUGACCUGCACACAUUAGAUGGGGCAAGACGUCAACAACAGCAUUUUUGUGGCCCAACAGUGGCAUUAUCUUUCAACUUUGUUGUUGCAGUUGCAAUCAUUAUGAUAAACAAAUCGUUGCUUGGGAAGAUGGGAUUUAACUACCCCAUAUUUCUCACUCUGAUCCAUUAUGGCCUCAGUUGGAUCUUGAUGGCAUUCCUCAAUGCAAUGUAUCUUCUUCCUGCAGCACCUCCUGUCAAGACAACACCAUUCUCUUCUCUGACUGCUCUGGGUGUGGUUAUGGCAUUUUCCAAUGGUCUAGCAAAUCUUAGUCUGAAGUGCAACAGUGUGGGAUUUUAUCAAAUGGCCAAGAUUGCUGUAACCCCCACUAUUGUACUGGUUGAAUUUCUCUUCUUUGGGAAAAAAGUUUCCUUUCAAAAGGCCCUUGCAUUGAUAGUGGUUUCUCUUGGAGUUGCAAUUGCAACCAUUACAGAUUUGCAAUUCAAUCUAUUUGGUGCUUUGGUUGCCAUGGCCUGGAUACUACCAAGUGCAAUAAACAAAAUCCUCUGGUCAAAUCUCCAGCAACAAGACAACUGGACUGCUCUUGCAUUGAUGUGGAAAACAACACCUAUAACAGUAUUUUCUUUGCUGGCUUUAAUGCCAUGGUUGGAUCCUCCAGGCCUAUUAACAUUCAAUUGGAAUCUCUCCAACACAGUUUCCAUUAUUAUUUCUGCCACAUUCGGUUUCCUUCUACAAUGGUCAGGUGCUCUAGCAUUAGGGGCUACUUGUGCUACAACACAUGUUGUACUGGGACAAUUCAAGACCUGUUUUAUUCUCCUAGGAAGCUUUUUUAUUUUCCAUUCUAAUCCUGGACCAAAGAGCAUUUGUGGAGCAAUAAUGGCUCUAACUGGGAUGGCCUUUUACACCCAUCUUAAUUUGCAUGAAGUUCACGAACCUGUAGUCAAGCAGACAACUAUCAAAGAGAAUUCAUUUUCCUCUUUAAAGCCCAAAACAAACAAGUCUACAGGAGUAUCCCCUGUUGGAAAAGAUGAUACAGAUUUUGUGUAAUAGUGAUAAUGCUAGCAAAUUUUGUGUUAGAUUCCUUGAGUUCCUGCCAACAAAGGGUGUUCAAAGGACCUUUAGAUGAAAAGAAAGGACGAAAGGCUAUGGUGAACCAGCUUCUCGUGCAACCGCAAAAUUGUUGAAAGUUGAUGAAUGGAAGAGCUUCAGUACCAUACAAUUUGUUAAAAAUGUAGUUCAUGAUUUGUUGUACAUCACUACCUAAUAGAUUGGGGAGUUAAUUAAAAUGUAGCUACAUUACUAAUACUAGAACGUGGUUGUGCGUCAAUGAUAUAAGAGUCUGCCCUGCAAUUGCCUUUUUUAGGGGGUGCUCAGUGGAUAAACAUACACACAAAAUGCUCUUGGGUGUUAUAAUUUGAAUUGGCCAUUCCAAAUUUUCAUAUCUUAGGAAAAGUUUCCUCCAGUUAUGAGGGGAUGGAAAUAAUCAAUUUUCGCUUAAA